AUGUACAGAAUAGACGUUUCAGAUUUUUAUGACUUCCAAGCCUUCAGAAAUAUGUGUCCAUUUAGAGACUAUAACAAAGCAGUCGAGAAUUUGAAACGUUUAGUCAUUUAUGUUGACUCUGCCCCAGAAUGUUAUGUCAUGAAAGAAUGGGAUGUUGUCUUUAACAAACCUAAAGCGACAAUAGUUUCAGAACAAGAAUGUAAACAGAAACUUAAGAAAAUAAAAGUCGUACAAGUUGGCAUGAAGAUGUUAGAUGCUUGGGAUAUCUUAUUGUCAAAACUUGAAGAUUUUUCAGUUCGUGGUAUAAAGUUCUAUACACCAUCUCCAAACUUCUAUUCUAUCUUCACUGGAUAUAAAUACGAACAAGUAGAAUGGAAAGAAAAUGUUAUAGAAGCUUGGUUAGACCAUGUCAAAGAAAUUAUAUGCAAUGGAAACGAAAGAGUCUAUGA